GCAUUCCUAUUACUGGGCACUGGGAGCCAUAGCUACACCUCCACUGGUGGGUGACCUCAACACUACGACUCAGGGUCUGUCCUUCCUGGUCAGUGUCUGUCCACUUGGAGGGUGUCUCUUCUGGUCUAGAUUGUUAGCUCUGUGACGCUGUGGACGCCAUCAGACAAUUUGCAGCAUGGCGAACCCUCAGCUUGUGCAGGGCAUGCAGAAUGACCUCACCUGCCAGCUCUGCCUGGAGCUCUUCCACUCCCCCAUCACCCCGGAAUGCGGGCAUACCUUCUGCCAGGCCUGCUUGACUGGGGCCCCCAAGGGCCAGGAUGAGGGUGGUUCCAUUCUAUGUCCCACCUGCCAGGCCCCGACCCAUCCCAAGUCUCUUCGCAUCAACCGUCAGCUGGAGAAUCUGGUCCAAAGCUUCAAGCAAGUCCCGCAGGGCCACUGCCUGGAGCACCUGGACCCGCUCAGCGUCUUCUGCGAGCAGGACAAGGAGCUGAUCUGCGGGGUGUGCGCCUCGCUGGGCAAACACAGGGGCCACAACAUCAUCACAGCUGCCGAGGCCCACACCAAGAUGAAGAGAGAACUCCCCCAGCAGCAGGUCCUCCUGCAGGAAGCUCUUCUGCGGAAGGAGAAGACGGUGACAACUUUGGACAGACAGGUGGCUGAGGUGCAGGACGCGGUGACCCGCUUUAAGAAGAAUGUGAAGCAGCAGCUGAGCAUCAUGCGCUCUUACCUGAACAUCAUGGAGACAUCGCUGGCCCAGGAGGCGGACAAGGCAGAGCAGAACGCUACCGCCGCCCUGCUGGGGGAAAGGAAGAGCAUGGCCCAUUAUGUGGAGCAGCUGAGGCAGAUGGAGGGAGUCCUGAAAGACGUGGAAGGCCAGGAGCAAACCGAAUUCCUGCGGAAAUUCUGUGUGGUGACAUCCAGGUUGGGUAAGAUUCUAUCUGAGCCUCCUCUUCCCGGCCGUCUGGAUAUCCAGCUGCCCAUCAUCUCCGAUGAGUUCAAGUUCCAGGUGUGGCGGAAGAUGUUCCGAGCGCUGAUGCCAGCUCUGGAAAACCUAACCUUUGACCCCAACUCGGCCCAGCAGAACCUGGUCAUCUCCUCCGACGGCAAAUCGGUGGAAUGUUCCGACCACAAACAGUCCGUGUCUGACGACCCAGCGCGUUUCGACAAGAGCAACUGCUUAGUCACCCAAGAGAGCUUCACGGAAGGAGAGCAUUACUGGGAGGUCAUCGUGGAGGACAAGCCAAGAUGGGCGCUGGGUGUCAUCUCUGAAUCCGCCAACCGCAAGGGCAAGCUGCACGCCACCCCCGCCAACGGUUUCUGGCUCCUGGGAUGCAAGGACGGGAAGGUCUACGAGGCCCAUGUGGAGCAGAAGGAACCUCGGACCCUCCGCGUCGACGCUCGCCCGGAAAAGAUCGGGAUCUACCUCAGCUUUUCCGAUGGGGUCAUCUCCUUCUUCGACUCGGACGACGAGGACAACGUCAAACUCCUGUACACGUUCCAUGAGCGAUUCUCGGGCCGCCUCCACCCGUUCUUCGAUGUCUGCUGGCACGACAAGGGGAAGAACGCCCAGCCCUUGAAGAUCUACGCAUCCCCUGGUACCCAGCUGUAAAUUCAGUCCGGACGUUGGCCACGAACCCAACCGAGGAGCAGUAGGUUAAUGCAUGUAGAAUUCAGGAACCAGUCAGUCUACCUCCAAGCUCAGCCCAACGCCAUCAAUGGCUCUAAAAAUGUAGGGCUCAACUGUCAUUUUUGGCACAAUGACUAGCUGGUUCCAGGGGGUUCCUCCAACCCAACAACCACAACCACAGGCCAAAAAACGGUAUCUACACAAUACCCACAAUGUGAAGAUAGUUUAGUAUAAAACCCAAAACAUUUUCACUGAACUGUUUAAGAAACACGAUGAAUGGAAAUACACCCAACAAAUGAAGAGGGCCCCGGCUCCAAGGGCCACACCGUGUAUCAACACUGAUGGUUGAGCUUGAAGGACACGUCAUUUCACCCGAUGUAUUGUGAGGGGCUUCUGAAUAAAUCGGUUUAUAGAAAAAGA